CUCAUAUCAGUUAGAAAUUCCGUUCAACUUUCAAUUCUCUUCUACAACCAUACAUAUUCUAUUUAGUCCUUUGGAAUAGAAAUUCUCGAUGCCUAGGGAGGCGGUGUCCCUUUUGGCCCGAAAUUGAAAAUCAUCACUUACUAUUGUCCACGAUCUGCAACGUCAUUUUGCGUGUUUCUGCGGCUCCGCCCCAACACUCAGUUUUGACUGAACCUCAGCCUCGUCCUCAGACUAUUAAUAUUCCACCACCCCCCUUUAGCCCUAUCCAUGCACGGGUCACAGAAACACAAAUGUGAAUAGGGUCAUUUAUUGAGGUGUCGAAAACAAACAACCCUCUUUCUCUCUCUUAGAACCGUACAACUUUCGAUCGCGCCAUGACCCCCACCGCCGAAUCUUACCCAUCGUCGUCAAGGGUAACGCCGUAUCUUAUCUACCUUGUGUUCAUCGCGACAUUAGGACCGCUUCAAUUUGGAUAUCAUCUGGCGGAACUCAAUGCCCCCCAAACGGUGGUCACCUGCGAUAGCAACAGCAUCAUCCAUCCGUACCAGAAAUUGGCAAGAUCCCAAGGCCUGCCACCAUGUAUUCCCAUGAACGCCUCUCAAUUUGGCUUCGUUUCUUCCAUCUAUACUCUCGGUGGUCUUUUGGGCGCCCUGCUAGCCGGACCUGUCUCCACCCGAUUCGGACGUCUAUUCGCCCUACGCGCCACAACCAUUUUUUUCAUCGCGGGGCCCAUCGCGGAAGCACUUGCGCCCACCAGCUAUAUAAUGGGCAUUGGUAGAUUGCUAUCUGGUGUUGGAGCAGGUGCUGGUAUUGUUGUUGGGCCGAUUUAUAUCUCCGAAGUAGCACCACCCAGUGGCAAGGGUUUUUUUGGUGCCUUCACCCAAGUCAUGACCAACGUGGGUAUUUUGAUAUCACAGACCCUGGGUUACUUUUUGAGCAGAGAAAGUAAAUGGAGAAUUAUACUUGCCGUUGCUGGAGUGAUUGGACUGUUGCAACUUAUUGGUCUCUUCUGGUUGCCAGAAAGCCCCGUCUGGCUUUCGGAGCAUCAAAAGGCGGGAGUGGCCAGGAAGGUGCUGCAAAAUAUCCGAGGCAGAGACACCGAUAUAGAAGGAGAAGUUGAAGAGUGGGAUGACUCUACGCGGUCCGCAGAUGGGUCUGAAGAAGCCGAAUCCCUGCUUGCACACUCGUCGAGAGCAGCUUCCAAGCAACCUCCAGUUACGAUACUGCAGGCUGUUAUAAACCCUCGCUACCGCCCAGCCAUUGUUGCUGUUGUGGGAGUAAUGGCCGCCCAGCAGCUCACUGGUAUCAAUAGUAUUAUUAUGUACAGUGUUUCCCUGUUGCAGUCCUUUAUCCCAACGACUGCGACCCUGUGGGCCGUGGUAAUUUCGGCCAUGAACCUCGUUAUUACUCUUGCAUGCACACCGUUGCCAGAUAAGAUUGGCAGGAAACCCUGCCUUCUUAUAAGCAUUGCUGGAAUGGGUAUCAAUUCCGUCCUGCUGGCUUGGGGUAUCUACUGCAACCAGAAAGGCUUGUCCGCAUUCGCCGUCGUGUUCUUUGUUGCUUCCUUUGCUGUUGGCCUGGGACCUGUGCCAUUUAUCCUAGCAUCUGAGCUCGUUGGACCUGAAGCCGUUGGCGCCACGCAAAGCUGGGCGCUGGCAGCCAACUGGAUCGCGACCUUUGUCGUGGCACAGUUCUUCCCGAUCCUCAACGAAAAGAUGUCAAUGGGGAAGAUUUACUGGGUCUUUGCGGCCAUGGCUGCAGUUCUCGGGAUGUUCAUCUACUCGUUUGUUCCGGAGACAAAAGGAAAAGCCAAUGCCGAUGAGGUUUGGGGGAGAGAAGAAGAGCGUCGAAGAGUGGAUUAAAUCUAAUAUAUAAUACUGUUAUACCACGAAUUUUAUGAAUCUAUACUAUCUAUUUUUGCAAGUGCUGUAUCUAACCGACUAAUAUAAUCAUCUUACAACACUAU